AUGAAGACUCUACAAAUCUCAUCCGCCCUUGCCCUUGCCUACGCAGGCUUGUCUGCGGCCUACCCCAACAUUCUUGCCGAGCUCGAAUCACAGAAGAAGGCUUCUGGCUUGAAGCACAGAGGCGCUGGUAUCUUCGAUGCCGCUUCUCAAUUGGUCGAUGUUUCUGGCAAGCACGCCUUUACUCCUCCUGGCAGCGGAGACCAGCGUGGACCCUGCCCAGGACUGAACGCCCUUGCCAACCACAACUACCUCCCUCACAACGGUGUUGGUACCAUCACCGAGUUCAUCGACUCCACCACCUCUGUCUUUGGUAUGGGUGCUGAUCUCGCCGCCGUUCUUGCUGUCUAUGGUGCAGCCAUCGACGGUAACCUUCUUGAAUGGAGCAUUGGUGGCCCAACAGCCAACGUUCCUUCCAUCAACCUUCUUGGACAGCCUCAGGGUAUCAGUGGCUCUCACAACAAGUACGAGGGUGACGCAUCGCCUACCAGAGGUGACCUGUACGUCGAUGGUCAAGACUACCUGUUGAAGAUGAAGAACUUCCAGGCCUUGUACGAUGCCGGCAAGGCAGACGACAACUACGACCUCCAGCUCCUGACCGACAGAAGAGCUGCUCGCUUCCAAGAGAACAUUGACGGCAACCCCUACUUCUUCAACGCCCCCUUCUCUGGUGUUGUUGCUCAACCUGCAGCGUGGAGCUUCAUCUACCGUUUCAUGGCCAACAAGUCUGCCGAGUACCCUGCUGGCAAGCUUGACGGUGAGGUUCUCAAGUCCUUCUACGCCAUCACUGGUGAGGAUGGAAACUUCACCUACACUCCCGGUCACGAACGUAUUCCCGAGAACUGGUACACUCGCAACCAGGCCGAUCCCUACGAUCUUCUUUACCUGAACGUUGACCUUGUCGACCAGCUGCUCCAGCAUCUCGAGUUCGCCAGCAUUGGUGGCAACACUGGUACAAACAACAGCUUCGUCGGUAUUGACCCUGAGGAAUUGACCAACGGUGUCUUCAAUGCUGCCACUUUGACCCAGGGCAACAACGCCAUGUGCUACGGUCUGCAGCUUGUUGUUCAAGAGCUUCCUGACCUUCUUUCCGGUGUUGUCACCAACCUUGCCUCUGCUGUCAACCAAGUCAGCUCUGCCUUUGGCAAUGCCACUGAGAAGCUUGGAUGCCCCAAGCUUACCCAGAUCAACCAGGACCAGUUCAACAAGUACCCCGGCUACACCAAGCUGAAGUCUGAUGGUACCUACUAA